AUGUUGUCUGAUCUGGAAAGUGAGACGGAGCUGACUGUUAGCAAGGACCUAACUUCUAGUUUAGCGAGAUUAGUAGAUCGAUCUAGUGCCGUGUCGUGUGCGUGUGUGAAGACCGUGUGCAUGUGCGUUCCAGAAAUCCUGCUCUGCAUCCACCGCCACGCUCGUCAAAGACGGCCCGAUCUACCGGGGACCAGCUACCGCUUCGAUCCGGCCGCAACGCCCACGCCGCCGAAGGCCAGCGCUCGCCAAACCGCGCUCGGCAGCGGAACUGUACGGCCACGCCGUAACAGGACAGCAGCAACCGUCACCGCAGCGUCCUUGAAUUAACCGCCAUCGCGCACAGCAUCCGCCAUCGCGAUCGCCAACCGCCAUCAACCUAACCUGGAAGGUUAGAAACCACGUGAGUGAGUGAAGGUUAACCCUUGGGAGAGAAGUCCGGCCUCGAAGGCGGACACGCGAACCGGCAGCAAACAACAACCAGCUAACCAGCGUUCCAGCCGAGCAGCAGCAGCAGAUCUUCAAGCGUAGGUCGUCGCGGUUCCCUCGCAGGUGCGACCAACCACGUGCUCGAGUCCCGUCCGGUGCUAACCGGAGAGCAGCAACAGCAGCAGCAGCGAGUGAUGACGUCGUAGACGCCGUCCGCAGCAAAACACCGACCACCACCGAGUUUCUUCGAAACCGACCCGCAGCAGCAGAACAGGUAUCCAGACGACCACGUGAUCGUCGAAAGCGCCCGCACCGCAAACCGUGAGUAAAAGCAUGCUUAAGUGAUAAGUCCAUGGCACACUUUUCGCCCGCUACCAACCUUACCAACUAGUAGCGCGGCGCCGCGUCUGUCGAGACUGUUCCGACUCGCCUAAAAUGAACACAUAAAACGCACAUAGCACACACACCUAAACCGGAAGAAGAAGA